AUGUUUGCCAAACGUGCCAUAUCCGUGGGUGUUCCUUUGGCAUUGGGUGCUGCCGUUUUUGCAGGCCAGCCAAAGUUACAUAAUGAAUCAAAGAGAAGAUUUUACGAAGAUGAAACAGACGUCGUUCCUGUGCCAGGAACAGUGAUACCAGCACCUGCAUCAGAAAUAGAGGCCUUGGGCUCCAGCAGAAUCGUUAGCGGGGCUUCAGUACGUUCAGACAAGAAUCUUGAACAGGCCUUCAAGAGCGCCAGGGAAACUGCACAUGGAGUGUUGGUCCAAGCCCAAAACUAUGUGGACCAGGGAUACUCCAAAUACAACAACACCGAGAGACAAGUGACCACCACUGUGAGUGCGCUUCACGACAAGCACGAGGAUUUAUUACCCAACUCCAUCUACAUCGUCGUGGCUGCAUUGUCAGGAAAUAUUGCUGCACGUCAAAGAGGUAUCUUGGCUAAGGCCGUCUUCCCAGUGGCAUUGGGGCUUGCUUCUUUCAAAUAUUUCUUACCACAAACCUUUGCCAACACCACCAGCUUCUUGUGGAAGUUGGAGCAACAGAAGCUUCCCCACAUCGCCGAACAACAAGAGUAUGCCGUAAUUAAGGCUGGCGACUUGGUGCAAAGCAUCGAGAGCACAGCCCAAGCCGGAAAAAAGAGCUUUGAAGAUAAAGCCCAGUCUUUGAAGAAAUCUAUUGCUGAUGCAACCGGAUUGAACAUCGACGAGGAGGUUUCAAAGAAGUGA